UCACAAAUUGAGUUGUUUGUGAACCGACUGGACUCUGUAGAAUCAGUCCUACCAUAUGAAUAUGACGCUUUUGACUUUUGUCAAGAUGCAACUGAGAAAAGGCCGUCAGAAAACCUGGGACAAGUAUUGUUUGGAGAGAGAAUAGCUUCAUCCCCCUACAAGUUUACCUUUAACAAACCAGAAACGUGCAAGAAGGUCUGUAUGAAAUCUUACAAUCCAGAGAAUGCCAAAGACGUAAGUAAACUGGCAUUUUUGAAGAAAGGAAUGCAGUUGAAUUACCAGCACCACUGGAUUAUUGAUAAUAUGCCAGUGACUUGGUGUUAUGAUGUAGAAGAUGGACAGAAAUAUUGUAAUCCAGGAUUUCCAAUUGGAUGUUUUGUUACUGCAGCUGGCCGGGUUAAAGAUGCCUGUGUUAUGAGU